UAAUACAUACUUAGAUUAAUAAUAAAUUAAUCAAUUAAUAUGUAUUAUCUAAGGUCCCCGGUAACUUAGUUGACCGUUUAUCAAAGUGUGUGAUCGCCUGACAACAGCUGUUAUUAUCUAUGAUAUUGAUAACUGAUACAUAAUAUAAUUUUGUUUAAUAUGUGGUUUUGUUCUUAAUAGUUAUAUAAAUAUAUAUUAAUAGUUAUAAUAGUUGAUGUGUUGUGUUAUAUUAUAAAUUUAUAAUAAUUAAAUAAUACAUUACCUAGUGUCUCAGUGCGAUAAUAUGUCUAAUUUAAUGAACCAGUGGUUAAAACGCAAAAAUGAAGACUGCACUGAUAAUACUGAUAGUACAAAUAAAAAGAAAAUAAAUGAGACAAUUGUUACUCCGUCUGCAACUUCUGGUUCAUCUACAUUAAAUAGCUUGGUAACUAUUAAUAAUAUUGCUAGUCCCUCUUUUGAACUAGAUGUUGCACAUUUUAUAAAAGACUCUAAUGUAAUUUGUUCUGACCAUGAUCGUGCAAAAUUAAUAACCAUGGAUAAUUUGCCCGAAAAUGAUUUUAUUCUUCCUUUUUCUGUGCAUAUAAAAAAAGGUAAAGAAGAAAAAAGAUACCUAAACAAAAGUUAUUUUGAAAAAUAUAAAUGGUUAACUUUUUCUAAAACAAUGUCAGGACUAUAUUGUAAAUUUUGUGUUUUAUUCGGUCAUAAAGGAGGGAGAUACAAAACGAUUACAUUAAGUAAAUUUGUUUCUAAACCAUUAAAAAAGUACUCUAAACUCUUAGGAAAAGAUGGGGAUCUAGAAGUACACAGCAAAAAUAUUUAUCACAUAAAUUGUGUUCAAGUUGCAGAUGAUUUUAUGAAAACCUUUAAUAAUCCCCAAAAAGAAGUGAUAAAUUUAAUAAACAGUGAAAGAAUGAAACAAAUUACAGAAAAUAGAAAUCGUCUAAAACCCAUUGUAGAAUCUAUCAUAUUCCUAGGUCGUCAAAAUAUUCCAUUACGGGGUCAUCGAGACCAUGGAGACUUUUUUGAAAAUUAUAAUGAAGGACAUUCUAUUGUAAAUCAAGGUAAUUUUCGUGAACUUCUCAACUACAGAAUAAAGGCUGGGGAUUUAGCUUUAGAAAAUCAUUUGAAGACAACACACUCUAAAGCAACCUAUAUAAGUCCUGUCAUUCAAAAUGAACUCAUUGAUUGCUGCAAAUCAGUAAUUAUAGAAAACAUUUUAGGGGAAGUAAAAAUAUCAAAAUAUUAUUGUGUUAUUUUUGAUGAGACCACCGACAUCAGUCAUACAUCUCAAAUGAGUUUGGUGCUCAGAUAUUUAUGUAAAGGAGUUGUGAAAGAAAAUUUUGUUUGUUUUAUUGAUUGUCAUGCUUAUGCAUACAAUGAAAAAUGUACCACCUUAAUCGGAGACGAUGAGGAUAAAAAUGAUAAUAUUAAUGAAAAAGAUAUUAAUUUUGAACCAAAACUAAAUGGUGACACUUUGGGUGAAAUAGUAAUUUCUUUAUUAAAAAAUUAUGGCCUUGACCUACAAUAUUGUGUUGGAGUUGGAACUGACGGCUGUUCUGUGAUGGUAUCAGAAGUGCGAGGUGCAGUUAAAAAAAUUCAGUCAUAUGCAAAAAAUGCUGUCCAUAGCCCCUGUUCAAAUCACAGUCUGAAUUUAUCUAUAUCUAAAUCAUCUACAGUUCAGUCUAUUAGAAACAGUGUCGGACUAAUGAAAGAAAUAUUACAGUUCUUUAACUGUUCAUCAAAAAGAAAUUUUGUUUUGAAAACAAUUUUGAAUGGUCAGCAACGCUUACUAAGCUUAUGUGAGACCCGUUGGACUGAGCGCCAUGAUAGUGUCAUGGUAUUCAAAACAUCUAUACCGUAUAUAAUAAAAAGUUUAACAAAAAUUUCUGAAUGGCAAGAAUCUGAUUCAUCUUCUAAGGCUAGAACUUUAUUAACAGCUUUAUGUAGUUGUGAAUUCAUAAUUGCAAUUCAUUCUUUAGCAAAUAUUUUAUGUGUGACAGCACCUGUUAGCCGUAUUCUCCAAGGUUUGAACUAUGAUAUAUUAAAUGCUAAAAACUGUAUUGAUGAUAUAAUAUUUAAUUUAGAAAAUAAACGUACCAAUUGUCUUGUAAUAUUUGGAGAUAUAUAUCAAGAGUGUGUAUUGUUAAUGAACGAAAUGGAUAUCGAAGUAAAAAUCCCUAGAUUAUCGAAAUAUCAAACAAAACGCUCUAACCAUCCAGUAAAUAAUAUAGAAGAGUAUUAUAGAGUAUCACUAUUUAUACCAUUACUGGAAAAUAUCCUAGAAGACUUAAGAUCAAGAUUCAUAAGAAAAGAAAAUAAGAUGUUAUUAGAUUUAUGUUUGUUAAUUCCACGCUACAUUACUGACAUUUCUAAUGACGAUUUUAAAAAAAUAACAGAAGCUGCCACAGAAUUAUUUGUAUUUAAUGAAGGAGAAUCUGUUGACCAAAUCGAGCUAAAAACAGAACUAGAUCUAUGGAAAACUAAAUGGCAACGAAUAAAAACUGAUGGUCAUGAAAUUUGUCAAGAUGCUUUGUCAUCAAUGGAAAAUUGUAAUAGUAUCAUUUAUCCAACUUUGCAUAAAUUAAUAAGUAUUAUUGCUUGUCUGCCUAUUAGUGUAGCAUCCGCAGAACGCAGCUUUUCAACGCUUAGAAGAUUGAAAACCUGGUUAAGAUCUAGAAUGGGACAAGAACGCUUGACUGGUUUGGCUUUGCUAAACAUACACCAUACUUUAACCAUAUCAGUAGAUGAUGUUAUAAAUAGAUUUGCUAAUACAAAAAAAAGAAAUAUAGAUUUUGUUUUGUAAAUAUGUUGUUUUUUUAUCAUAUUAGUAACUUAUUACUUUAUAGGUUAUAUUAUACAGGUACAAUAUAAAAUUAAUUAUGUCUAGGUAAGUUUAUGUAAAUGGUUGCCGGUUUGGAAUAUUCUUUUUAAAAUCGCCCCCCCCUCAGAUGAACUCUCAAAUACGCCACUGGUCAUCUCCUUCCAUAAAAAGGACACUAAAUUAGUUGACAUUUUAAUUUCAAAUAAUUGUUUUUUUUUCAUCUGAUUACUCUAUUUAUUUUAUUAUUAUUAUCAAUUAAAAAAAACCAAUUAUUUGAAAUUAUAAUGUCAACUAAUUUAUUGUGUGUCUUUAUGAUGAAAAUACUUUGAUAUUGAAGAAUUUAAAGUAAACUUAAACUAAAGUAUAAAUUAUUUUUUAAAGGUAAAAAUACCGAGUGUAAAAUUUAAAUAUAUUAUACGAUUUAGUAUAUCUUAAAUCGUGCUACCAACCAAUAAGAAUGCUUUAGGUCGAACCAUAAAAUAUAAAUUAAUAAUCAAAUUAUAAAAAACAGUAAAAACACAUAAACACGUAUUAGCCCAAAAUCAUUUUAAAAAAGAAUACAAUAUCAUAUGUACUUAACACUAUUGUUAAGGAUAUUAGGACCCACGUCAAAAAAGAGUACUGUCCUACGAAAAAGAGUACGUCUGGUCACCAUAAUUAUAACUUAUAAGGCGCACAUUUUGUGGCAGUGAUUAGUAUCAGAGUGAUAACUGAUAACAAAUGUCUACGUCUGAUAUUCUGAUAAUAGUGAUGGUUCAUAAUAAUACUGUAUAAUAUUUAAUCAAUGAUAAUAUUAUUACUCUGUAGUUAACUUUUUUUUUAAUUUAAAUUAACUAUUUAAGUUUAAUGGACGUUUUGAUCUCAAAUUCUUGUAUAAGAUUUAUCUUUUUUUGUUUACUCUUUGUGUAGUCAACAAUCAGAAUAAUGUAAACCAGUAUUGACUUACAAAGCUAUCAAUUACAUCAAGUGUUUAUUCAGUUUUGAUGGAUAUAAAAUGAAUUUGAUGCUUUGCCCCCAGUGAUUGAUAUCAAAUUUAUCAAUUUUGAAUACGAUUUACCUGGAAAAAAUAUAGUAAUACAAUAACUGUAUUUUUUAAGAAACGCAACAGUAUAAAAUGUAUAUUAAUGUCGUUUAUGAACUAUGAAACAAGUGAUUUUGAACUCAAUUAAAAGUCAAAAUCUGCCAAAACUAUUUUUAAUUAGUCAGCAUUAGUUUAAUUUUUAAAGUAAAUGCUUUAGUUGGAAUUUUAAACAAACUUAAUUGCAGGUCUCAAUUUAUUUCACAGAAGUAUUCAUUACUGUAAAUCAAGUUCCUGACAAUAAUCUUUACCUCUGCACAGUCACAACAAAAGUAUUGACGGGGACAGCAAAACACUUUGUGAGAUGUGCUUGCAAAAAAUCAUAUGCAGAAAAUCACUUUUUAUGUGAAAAAAAAACAUUAGAUACUUUAUAACUUUAAAUACUAUGAUAGUUUUUCCCUACUGAAACAAAUAACAAAAUUAGAUUAUUCAUUUCUAUACUUAUUUUAAUAUGUAUAUAUUUCUACUUUUCCUUAGUACUAAUUUUCACCGAUGUAUUUCAGAUAAAAUUUAUUCUAACUUAAAGAAGUAAGUUAAAACUAGUUCAUAUCUCGAGGGUCUUAAUUAUUUCUAAAAGGGGGUUGUGAAAACUAGUAUUGACUAAUUAUUAAAAAUAGUUAUAACUGAUUAUAGGUUUUAAUUGUAACAUACAAUUAAAACUUUUUAAUAUUUAAUUUAACUUAAAAAUAUUAAUUUUUUAUUUUUAUCAUUGAUAUUAUAUAAAACAAGGUAUAUGAUAGGUUGCGAAUAGUAGUAGUUAGUUUACUUUAUCAAUGUCACUUUAUUUUUUAUGAAGAAAAAUGUACAAUUUAUAUUUAUUUAACACAAAAAGUAAAUGAUAUCGUUGUACAAUUAUCAGUAUACCUAAUAAAUAACACAUGAUCACAUGAUGAGAAAUCCAUCCCUUAGAUGUGUAUUGUUUUGGACUUGUUGAUUUCAUCAAAUUUAAUCAUGUAGACUUCAAUAAUAGACUUCAAUAUGUUUGUUUCACAUUAAGAUGUAUUAUGUUUAGUAUAAUUUCUAAUCUUUAUUUUUUUAAGUAUAUGUAUCAUAAUUAACUUAACCAUAAGAGACUUUAUUAAAGACUUCUGACUGAUCCAAUAUAAUGAAUACUGGAAAGGUUAUUUUAUUAUUAA